GACAAGGUCGGUUAGAUUGGAAUUUUCUGGAUCAACACGCGCACUGGUCUCUUUCUACCUCCCUUCCCUUUCAAUCAAACAUCUACACCUCUCUGGAAAUCAGAAACCUUUCUUAAAACUCCCAUAAGUAAAACAAUAUAUAAAUACCAAAAAUCAUUCAAAACUCGAAUUCAUUUAUUCCUUGAUCUGAAAAGAAGAUGUGCUUAGUGUUUGUUUGCGAUCAAGACGAGAGAGUGAUCGCGAGGCAGUCGGCGCCUGGGGCAUGUCCGUACUGUGGAGGGAUGAUUCAGGCUAUGGAUGUUGAGAGUCAGUUGAGGUUCUGUUUUUUGCCUUUCUAUUUCAAGACUAAGAGAAAGUUUUAUUGCUCUGUUUGUGGUAGACGCUUGGUGCUCCAAUAUUAGAAGAUUAUAGUACUUUUCUACUGUUUUAUGUAGAGAAUUAGAUGAUGUAAAUAUGAAGAUCAGACAGUGGGUUUUUUUUUUAUAUAUAUAUAUAUAUUUUCUUAAUUCUUGUAUAAUGAAAUUUUGUUUUGUUGGGUUUUGAUCAA